CACGUUACACCCUAUUUAUAACAUCCCCUCCGCCGGCUCCCCUCGUUCUGCAGUUCCUAGGAACCACCUCCUGCUUCCAGCCUCGAGCUCCGGUCCCCUGCUCCUCCUAACAUCUGAGAGGCUCUGCUGCAGCUUAUCCUGGGCUAACUGUUUAUCCUGUACAGCCUGGCAACUGGCCGCACGCUCCGGAUUACCACAGGACACCCAUUUCAAAACACACUUUUGCUUUCUGCUCUGACUAAUCGAGAGUAGACUAUUUGCAUUUUUUUUUUAACUGGAGUUUUGGGAUAGUCACAGGAAAAGAGAGAAAGCAUCUUGGAUAUGUGCUUGUGAUCUUUUUUUUUUUUUUUUUUUGGGAGUUGAUUUAGUAACUUUAACCUCUUUUAUUUGCCCUUCUCACCUUUCCUGGAGGGCCGUGUGUGCUUGCACGCGAUGGAUCACACACUGUUCGGCUGCCUGCGGAGCCCCCACGCCCCGGCGCAGGCCCUGCAUCCAGCCUUCACCCAGUCCCCCCUGACUCUGCACGGACGCUCCGACCACGUCUCCUACCCUGACCUGGCCUCUUCGUCCUCCUCCUCCUCCACCUCCUCCCCCUCUCCCUGCAUCAUCUCCAGCUACCCGGUCGACGACGGCCUGUUUCCCGGGCAGCACCACCACCACCACCACCCUCACCGCGGCCACCUGCCCUCCCAGCAGCAUCACCACCCGCCUCAGCACCAUGCGUCUUGGCAUAUCCCACAGAUGCCGUCACCUGGCGGUAGCACACGCCACAACCUAUGCCACCCGCACUCCCACUCGUCAUCCCAUGACAGCGGGACAACAGCCCCGGACCUGGGCCACCCUGGUGGGCCAAGUGUGUGCGCCAGCACCCCAAGUCUGGGCAUCGGCAGCACCCCUACAGGGGCCUCCUGUGUGCCUGCCGACUUUGGCAGACAGACUCUGUCACCUGCUGAGGCUGAGAAGAGGAAUGGCAAAAGGAAAAGUGACAGUUCAGAGUCCCAGGACGGGAAUUACAAGUCAGACGUGAGCAGCAAACCCAGGAAGGAUAGGACGGCGUUCACCAAGGAGCAGAUCCGGGAGCUGGAGGCCGAGUUUGCCCACCACAACUACCUGACCAGACUAAGGCGCUACGAGAUCGCCGUCAACCUCGACCUCACUGAAAGACAAGUGAAGGUCUGGUUCCAGAACAGGAGGAUGAAGUGGAAACGAGUGAAGGGCGGCCAGCAGGGGGCAGCGGCUCGAGAGAAAGAACUGGUGAAUGUGAAAAAGGGGACGUUGCUGCCGUCAGAGUUCUCUGGCAUCGCAGCGCUCCACCAGUCGACAGACUCCUUAGCCAAUGAGGACAGUCACGACAGCGACCAGAGCUCCGAGCACGCUCACUUAUGAUGCACACACACACACACACAUACACACCCCCACCCUCAGAGGAUAGGCCCUGCUCAUCCUCAGGACCGUCCUUAGAAGGACUGCUGUUUGCUGAUUCGCCAUCGUCAUACAACGAUGCUAAAUAAGUGUACAAAUAUACAGAGGAAUGACGCGUGGUAGAUAACGGAGCCAUCAUGCAGGCAAAAUGUAAAUUUCAACAACUGAGCACAUAUAGGAGGAUGUUGACAUAGUUUUUAAAGCGCCAUUGGUUAAAAACUAAACUUAAGCGUUAAUAUAAAUGUUGAAAUGUGAUGUUUUGGCUACACAAAUUCACUGAAUAUUGCAUAACAUUUUGGAAAUCAUACUUAGUCAAAAUGUUGUUAACAUUCCAUGUUGUGUGCCUUGAGAGAAGCAGGCUUUGAUUUACAGUCUGCACCUCAGUCAGUUUCUACUGUAUAAAAUGUAAAAUACGAUGUAAUUGAGUUUUUGAUCAAAUCAAGUGCCAGGAAAUCAAAUUUGCCUAGCUAAUAUAAAUGAUCUGUAAAUAAUUCUCUGUAUUGUCUUACCUUAACAAUAAUUUUAUACCCACACUAUUCAGCUCAGCAGCAAUAAACACUGACAGUUCUUUAAUCAA